CGCUCAGGCGCUGUAGGACAACCGGAUAACGGGCACCGAGAAGGGGGAAGAGGAGCAAAACGCGUCAGUCCGACAGACGUUGACGGGGUGCUAUUGUAUAACGCGGCCCUGCAGUCUUUCUAAAAAAAAAAACCCAAAAAUAAUAAUAAUCUACCCAGCUUCUGGUGUCUGUCUCGCCGCGGAGGUGGAGACGCAGAGCGGCUCGGCUCGGCUCGGCGCGGCGGAGGACCCGCACAUGUCUGCGCGGUGAGGGAGCGUUUGUUUCCCUCCGCCCUGACACGGACUCGGAGGAGGAGGGUUUGUCUUGGAGGGGUUCACAGCGCGGAGAAAAAUAAACAACGUUUUCCACCUCUGAGGGAGUAGAAGAAGAAGAAGAAGAAGAAGAAGAAGAAGAAGAAGAAGAAAGAAGCAGGUGCGGUCGAGAGACGCGUCCGUUUAAAAAAAAUAAAAAAUAAAAGAAGCGAGAAGGACAACAGUGAUGCGGCAGCCGAGGUGGGCCCAGAUUGAUGAUUUUAUGAUAUCAUCAUCCACCGCCAGGACCGAUCACUGAUCGCAUUGAUAAGGAGCAUUUGGGAGAAGAAAUACGCUAUAAACUGACCUGGGUGCCGUUUUUUUUUGUUGAGCGUGGAUAAACAAGAGGAGGUUAAUCUGUGUUUGAUCACGGUGCUUUCUUUGCCGGAGGAGCACAAUUUCUUGCAGCACAUCUACAAAUAUAGGCCGAUGACUUAGUCCGUGAGCGUGUGACGCCAAUACAGCAGCAGCAGCAGCAGCAGAGGCGCGCGCGCGCGCGCGUGUGUGUGUGUGAGAGAGAAAGAGGGGGAGACGCGCCUGUCUGAGCAUCCCUUGGUAGCUGCACGGGCUACUCCUCCACGGGGAUGAUACGCACGCGAUUUUUUUGUCUGUGCGUGAAAUAAACAGAAGAGUCGGGGAUGAUGAUGAUGCUGAUGCUGAUGCUGCCGCUGCCAUUUCCUGUCCGGCUCUGAUAGAGACAGCGAGGCGCACAGCACGGUACUGGACAUCUCGAAAAUCCCUCUCCUCCGCCUCUGCACCUUCUACCCCCUCCGCACCUUCCCUCCCUCGCCCCUUUACCCCCCCCCCCUCCCCCUCACCCCCCCUGCCCCUCCUCCGCCUCCUGGUCUUCCUCCACAACUCCGGAGUUUUGGUUCAUUCUGAUAAAUUGAUAAUCCGCCUGUGAUUCAGAAAAAAACCACCCACUCCUUCACCCGUUCCAGCGUCCUCUCAUCCAUUCGCCCAUAUAUCCUCUCAAGCGCCCCCCUCUGCGCACGCACGCACAGGCACCGCAUCACCACCACCACCUCCAGCCAUCAUGGAGACAACCAAGCUGCCUCCGACCAGCCCGUCCUCGCCGACGACCAGCUUCUCGGUGCCGUCCGCGGAGAAGGUGGACGGCUUCCCGAGGAGGUCGAUGCGCCGAGCCCGGCAGAGGAGGUCCCACAGCUCGUCCCAGUUCCGCUACCAGAGCUCCCAGGUGGAGCUCACUCCGCUGCCCCUGCUCAAAGAUGCCCCGGUGGCAGAGUUGCACGACCUGUUCUGCAAGAAGCUGCAGCAGUGCUGCGUUCUGUUCGAUUUCCUGGACUGCGUGGCUGACCUGAAGGGGAAGGAGAUCAAACGCGCCGCCCUCAACGAGCUGGUGGAGAGCGUGGCCACGAGCAGAGGGGUCCUCAUAGAGCCGCUGUACCCAGAGGCCAUAAAGAUGAUCUCGGUAAAUAUCUUCCGUACUCUCCCACCGAGCGAGAAUCCAGAGUUUGACCCUGAGGAAGAUGAGCCAACACUCGAAGCCUCCUGGCCGCAUCUGCAGCUGGUGUACGAGUUCUUUCUGCGUUUCCUGGAGAGCCCGGACUUCCAGCCCUCCAUGGCCAAACGCUACGUUGACCAGAAGUUUGUCCUGCAGCUCCUGGAGCUGUUUGACAGCGAGGACCCCAGAGAGAGGGAGUACCUGAAGACCAUCCUGCACCGUGUCUAUGGAAAACUACUGGGCCUCCGGGCCUACAUCCGCAAACAGAUCAACAACAUCUUCCUCAGGUUCAUAUACGAAACUGAGCACUUCAACGGCGUAGCGGAGCUUCUGGAAAUCCUCGGCAGCAUCAUAAACGGCUUCGCCCUGCCGCUGAAGGCUGAACACAAGCAGUUCCUGGUCCGGGUCCUCAUCCCGUUACACACGGCAAAGUCCCUUUCCAUCUUCCACGCACAGCUGGCCUACUGUGUGGUGCAAUUUAUGGAGAAAGAUGCUACAGUGACUGAAUAUAUCAUCAGAGGGCUCCUCAAGUACUGGCCAAAGACCUGCACGCAGAAAGAGGUGAUGUUCCUGGGGGAGAUCGAGGAGAUCCUGGAUGUGAUCGAGCCGUCUCAGUUCAUCCGGGUGCAGGAGCCGCUCUUCAAGCAGAUCGCAGCCUGCAUCUCCAGCCCUCACUUCCAGGUAGCGGAGCGGGCUCUUUACUUCUGGAACAACGAAUACAUCCUCAGCCUGAUUGAGGAGAACUGUCAGGUCAUCCUGCCGCUGGUGUUCGCCACCCUCUACAGAGUCUCCAAAGAGCACUGGAACCAGACCAUCGUGUCUCUGAUCUACAACGUGCUGAAGACCUUCAUGGAGAUGAACAGCAAGUUGUUUGAUGACCUCACUGCCUCCUACAAAGUGGAGAAACAGAAGGAGCUGAAGCGAGACAGGGAGCGUGCAGACCUCUGGCGAGGCCUGGAGGAGCACCAGGACCGCCGGAUGCAGAUGCUCACCGAGGCGGCCAGGAACCAGCGCAACCUGCAGGAGCGAGGCGAGAGAGGGGACCCGCCGACCCCUUCGUCCCCGCAGACCUCCAUCUCCGACCACAACGAGCCCAAGCCCAGCGGGGCCUCCUCUUCCUCCUCCGGAGGCGGGGAGGGCACCACCUAGGUGCUGCAGGGCAAAGAUUGGAUAGCACAGGGGGGGUGUUAGGGGACAGGGAGAAGGCAUGAGGUAGAUGGUGAAAGCGUUGGGAGAGAAAAGGUACAAAACAAAUCCACUGUUCGUUUUUAUCCUGGAUCAUUGAGAGCGCGUGGCUUUUUUGUGGAAAAGCGCACAAACUCGGUGAUCUGAGGUAAACACUGCGCCUUUUUAUUUCUGACCAACUUGUGUGAAACUGGUUCCCUCUUUGCUGUGCACGCAUUACGUUGCAGAUGAGAAGAUGAAUAUUGUCCUGAGAGUGCAGACAGUAGUCACAAUAAGCGGCUGGUUUACCAAACUGCAGGUCAGUAUCCAAAAUUUGUAGCUGGCCUGCUUCAAAUCAGCCUUCAAAUGAGAGAGGAAAUUCCUCUUUUGGUGCAACAGCAACCAAGUUGAACACGGGUCGAACUUGAUAUUCAACCGACCGGGUCAGAGUCUGUACUGUGGCCACGUAUUUAUCUUUUGGUCAGAGAUGCUUAUUUCAUGCGUGGAUAGCACAAUGCAUUAAUAAACAAAAGAAACAAUUUCACACAAAUGUCUCCCCAAACUAUUGUUGAACAGACCAGACAGAAA